UAGAAAGUAAAAGUUUCUGUCCACGCAUAUUGAUUAGACUGGUGACUUUUGUGCAUUUAAACGAGAUUGAAUAUUUUUAAAGUCGUGUUCGUUAUCAAAAAUGAAAGUUGGCGUGCAUAAUUCUAUUGUAUUAAUAUGACGUAUCAGUAACACCUGCCACGCAAACCGAGUGUGGGCAUUUUAUAUUGUUGCGCUAAUGGCAUUGAAAACCAUUUCAUAAUCCUACCAACAUUUGUGUCACGAACUUUAUAUCUAUCUGUCUAUCAAAGAUUUAAUAUCUUAAGUUGCUAUAAGAUCGGAGAUAAAUUGAAAAUAAUUACGAUUAUUGUCUAGUAGCGAUCACAUUAUAACUUUAUCUUUGCGUUAAUCUCUUAAUGGGACGUUAUAUGUGAAUAAGAUUUACACAUCGAUGAUAAACAGCAUUGAAAGAUCAUUGAACUAAGCAUUUCGAAAUAACCCAACAAAAGUACGUAGUUUCUAAACAAGCUACGUUACGGUAAACAUAGCGAGAGGUUUAGACAUCGGGCCCAUACUGAUCUUACUACCAGUCCGUUUACUUCGUGUUUCUAAAUAUCGGCAUUCGUGAGAUACCUACCGGUGAAGGCGAUAGGUGACUCUACUGGCGAGGCUCGAGUGCGACGCACGCCUCGCCUCUACACCUCACUACAUAACCGACAGAUGUCUUCGAAAGUGAGUUUGUUUGCCUAAGUGAUUCGAAAACCGAAAGGGAGUAAACCGUUAAUGGGCGUACAUUGAAAUGUGAAUUUUGUGUGUACAGUGUUAAAAUUGAACUUUGUUCGUACGUUGUUGUUAUCCCGAUGAAGUUUCUCGUGUAGUCACAACUGUUCGUGGAAUUGGUUUAUUGAAAAUCUUUCGCCAUGGAGACGGAGGAGUUGACGAAACUCGUUGAUGGAAUCUACAAGAAUAUCCUGGACAAAUUUAAUCCAGGUGCUCGGCAAAUGAUAACGGCUGGAAAAGCCUACCUCAAAGCUUUACAUGGUGCAGCCGCGGCAUCUCGCCUCUAUGUUGACGCCGUGGGGAAGCUCGGCCGGCAAGCACAACAGGGCACAUGGGGAGGAUGUGCCGACAUAGGUACUGCCCUAAUGAAGGUCGUGGAGGUGUACCGAGAAAUACAAGAUCAGCAAAUGAAUAUCUUGAAGGCGUUUUACGUUGACCUCUUGGUCCCCUUGGAAACUAAUCUCGAGAAAGAUACAAAAGUAGUACAGUCGGAGCAAAAGAGGUUUUUACAGCAACACAAGCUGCGCUCAGAGAGUUACAGCAAAGCCGCCGCGACUAUAAAGAAACAACGAAAGAAGAAGCCAAAUGUCACCAAAGUUGGUUCAGCCAUGGAUAAGGAGAUGAAGAACAUGCAGAUUCUAGAAGAAGAGAAAACCAAAUUGGAUGCGUUCUGCGAACAAAGCUUGAAGAAUGCCAUGACACAGGAGCGUCGCCGCUACGGAUUUGUGCUAGAACGACAGUGUUCUCUGGCUAAGCACUGGCUAGCUUACCACACUGCUGGUGCCGCGGCUUAUAAUACUGGCUUGGAUGAAUGGCUCGAAGUGUCCAGGACCCGCGAAUUCCUGCCUCCGAAUGUUGAAGCCAUGUUUGUUAGUAGAAUGAGGCAAGUAUCGUUCUGGGCUGAUGAAGACGUAUACGCGAGCCCUCGUAACGGUGACGACGAUGACCGCGCUUCAGUCGGCUCGGCUUUACGUAAAACCAGAUCUGUGGAUGCUUCAUGCCUUGAUGUUAGGUCUAUUGGAGAUUUGGGUUCACCAGCUCAAGGUUUGUCGCGGGCCAAAUCUGAUUUCAAUCUUCAAGCCAGCUCCAACAUUGACGAUCAAGUAUCUGAUUCACGCACAGCUACACGUCCGUCGUCGCUUGCUCCACCAACCUGCACUUCUCGGGACCCGCCGCUCGCUCGAGCUCUGUAUGCUUACUCUGCCGCUGGAGACAACCAGCUCAGCUUCCAACAAGCAGAUGUUCUAGCUCUGCUUGGAGAGAGGACUAAGGGAUGGCAGUAUGGAGAAAAUUUACGCACGCACCACGCUGGCUGGUUCCCUCUUGCGUACACUGAACCAAUCCCUAACGAAGAAACCGGUAAUUCCCCGGCCCGUUGGAGCUGUGUCCAAACACCAUCAGAAGCCCCACCGCCAGCACCCAUCGCGCAUGCGCAAACAACACCUUCAGCAACGGGACACUCACAUUCGCACCCACCAGCACGCAUGUUUGGAGACACAGUCACUGCUCAUCACGUUACAAAGGGUCGUCUAGGAACCGGCUCACCAGGCUUGCCGCCAACUCUACCAGCACCUUCACCGAGUGCUCUCAGCUCUUCAGCAAGCGCCACAUUCCACGCUUCUACUCCGGCCACAGCCGCUACCGGUGCUAUUAAGAACUCGACAUCUUCAGCCAGUUUUACAACUCAUGCUGUUAUAGAAACAAGGAGCUUCGGGCCUCAGACAUUGCCUAUGCGUUCUCAGGUCGCCCAGAACAAAGCAGGACCAGCUAAGACCGUAGUGAGUGCAGUAGGUGCUGUAGGGAAUGUAUCACUGCACAGCUCCAACGAUUCUGGUUUCUCCAACGAGCCGCCACCACAGCCCGACGUGGACUACAGCGACGAAGAAGCUCAAAGACUUCGUGUCCCAAUUAGUAAAUCUGCUCUGCAAUCGAACGACACUAAAGCAUACUUACUUAAAACUCAAAGCUUGAAACGAGGUCCUAAACCAAGUAACACCGCCAAUGGAUAUCUAACCGACGAUCAACAGCUAAUGCUUCGUAACAUGCUGGACAUGGACAAAGACUCCCAAAAAGUGAAGAGAACUAAAUCAUUCUGGAAAUUCGGUCGCACUACUGCUGAAGAGAUUAUGGAAGGAAUGUCUCUGUGGCAACAUCGAGAUAUUGUUGACACAGUGCCAGAGUAUAAGAAAAGAUUAUUUGAGAAAAUGAAGAAGGAACUGCGUCCAGCACCCGAUAUUCCCAAGCAAACAAGCCCAGAAAAGACGAUCCCCGUCGAAAACGGACAACCGCCAAGACCAAAAGAAACUAUUGACAGAAAAGACAUGAAAAUGCCUAAUGGCAUUCGUCAGGCUAAGAGCUUGGGAUCAAUUCAAACUGAAGAAAGAAUUGAAAAGAACAGAAAGGGAGGUGAUAAUUAUAACCAUCAAACUCAAACAAUGAACAAAAAGAGCAUGUCUGAAAAAUCUAUUAUUGAAGAGAAACAUGAAGAUUUCUCGCCACGCAAUGAAUCACGACACUCAGAUUUAACCAACACAAGCACGAUAAAAACCAACUUUGAAAACAGCUUUUACAAUGACGAAAAUGGUGAAGGUUUUGUCAUGAAAACAGUAAAGCGAAGGGAAAUAUUACAGAAAUAUGACAAUGAUAGCAGCUCCGACGUUAAUUCUGUUGCUUCGAGUACUGAUCCAUAUGACUGUAUUAUAGUAGAUGAUCAUAUGACAUCAAGGAAGCAGCAAGAAAUAGACAGACGUCGACAAACACAUGUGAUUGAAGAAGAGGUUAAGAAACGCAAAGAGAAUGCCUACAUGCCGGAGUUUGAAGAAAUAGAGGUAACUCCAAUCAAACCACAUGUUCGUGCUACAUUGUCAUCUGAAAAAACUAAAAACUCCCACGAGAGAAGUCCACCAAAAACAAUGGAAUUCAAAACAUUCAAGGACAGUUCCAAAGAAAUAAAAACAUUUUCCGCGUCAUCUGAAACACUGAAGUACAAAGACAACGAACAGCACACCGAUAGAUACGGUAUCCCAACUGAACGAAAUAAUAAUGAAAUGCGUAAUGAGGAUAUUUACAACGGUCACGAUGAGGGAACUUUGAAAUAUAAGAAACGUAACGUAAGGAACGAAACAAAUGAAGAAAAGACUCAUACCACAACAAACACAUUUGAAAAUGGAAAGAGUCACAAAAAAGAUUAUCCACAAGCUGAGGUAAGAACCCAAAAGAAAGAUGGCAGACCAUAUGAACAAAACCGUGAACCGCGAAUCGAUUAUUCGCUAGACAGACGCCAAACAAAGAAAGAAUUCACUGAUACAAAGGGUAGGGAUGCCAGGAAAAAUAAAUCAAACAGGAGUUACGACGAUAGCUCCUUACCGUAUAAUGGACGUCGGGAGGAAAGGUACUACGAGUCAAAUAUAUCGUACUUCAGUGAUCAGGAACGCAGAACAUCGCGGUACGACUAUGAAACUGAUUCGAAGAAAGCAGAAAAAUCCAAGAUCCGUCAAGAAGAGGCAAGGCUUGAAGCAAGACGUUUCAUCGAUAGACGUAGUGAGGGACCAUACAGCGAAUCAGAUGACCAAAAGUUUAAUGAAGCUUUAAAACAACAAAGACCACAAUUACUCCCGCGUACCAAGCUACUAAAGAGACCGUCAGAAGGAAAUGAGUUGCCAGAGGAAGGCCAUACAUUUGGACCGUGGUACGAUUUAUGGGGACGCGAAACAGCUGUCUACAAGUAAUGUAAAGGAGGCCACAACAAUUCGCAACGGUGAAGUUAAGGAAAGCGCUAACAAAUGAUCGCUCGUCACCGGCCAUCGAGUAAUGUUUUAUAUGCGUAUAAUAUAAUAUAAUUAUAUUAUUUUGUUAAUUAAUAUUAAUUGUAAAUUAGAAACACCGUGUAUUUUGUACAGUUAAAUAUUCAUAGUCUAACAAAGAAAUAUAUCACAAUUUUUUAUAAUAAUCUAAAA